UAUGUAUCUAUGAUCGAGAUCGUCCACAGGAAACAAAGCCUACGAGUAUCGUGUAUAUAGUAGUAGAACAACAUCAAGCCGGACUAGCAAAGUGCACUUGCUCGGGAACAGAUUAUACAUGAUUGCGAUUGGACUUGGAGGUACUUGUGAGUUACUACAUUAACAUUUUGUCUGCAAUAAGUGUGGGGGUAGGUUUUGAUUAUUCUUCUAGCGUUGAAUGCAUCUGCAUGCUAUGCGACUCACAAGUCGAACAUGACGUGAAAUGGCAAAGACCGGUGAACAUGCGAACAGCAUUGUCAUAUGAUCAUUGAAAAAUCGCAUCUCCCAGGUUCCGAGCGUGAGAGGCGACAACUUCACCAGGUUCCGGAUGUGAGCAGAAAGAUCGUUCCAAUUCCGGUGGUAAAAGCAGGGAUUGCCGAAACAGUAACGCGAACUCCGGAAAAAUAAAAACGAAAAGAGUUAUUUCAAAAUUAAAUUAAGCGUAUGAAAAAUGAAAUCAUUGUUCUCAAGGCAUUGCAUUUCCUUGUCAAAAAAAUUAAAAACAUCAAAGAAAUACAGAUAUAAUAUUAAAAGAGAAACGUAAACGAAUGACCUACACCUACUACAACUAGAACUACAACUGACAAGAGAAUUUGCAGCGGAGGACGUGUCGCUUUCGGUUUCAAUGUUUUGUACAGAAAAAAAAUGUACGGUCAGAUGAUGACGAUGAGUAAAUUCUACGUUUCCGCAUCCACCUUCACCUCGUUGAUGAUUGAUAGCUCAACUCGAUCAAUGCGAAUAUCUGAAAACUUGUUUCACUUUCAGUCUAGUUACGUUACCACUAGCACUAUCUCGUCGUAGAGUAUUCCUUGUACAAUAAAGCUCUUGAUGCUCCGGCGGCGUAGGAGCGCCGCGGCGCAAUUAUACUGUAUCGACACAUACCCCAACGGAGCGGUCCUGACUGUACAUUGCUCUGAUUUUUUUAGCAGAAGAUGCAGGGCCUCAUCGUUUCGUCGACAGUUAAUACGUAUCGGAUGUGGCUCUGGCCCUAGCUGUUUUGUGAUCCGAUCGGGAUCGUGAUAUUAUAAUGGCAGAGAAAUUUAUAGACAGGGAGUAGGGAGGACCCUGGAGGACCAGGGAGAACCAGGGAGGAGCAUUCGCGUCUAUAUAGAAAAAGCAUCGGACAUUUUUUCAAAAUGUGUUCACCGAUGGCAUGGCGAACGCGAACUUUCGGGCCAAGGCCCCCUCAACUUUCUGAUAACCAUACCAAUAACAACUGCGUGACGAAAUUGAACAGCGACGCAAUAAAUUGUUGAAGUAGCCACUUCAACGGUUUGCGUUGUUGUAUAUAUAUCAUAGGCAGAAGCAUUAAAUGCUUCUGCCUAUGAAAGGCUAGUCCUAGCUCAUCGCUGCUCUUCUGUUUGGUCACAAAUCGAUGAAGUUUCGUCGGUCCUUAUCUGUGAUAGGCGGUAAUUAUCUUCACAAGCCCUUCUCCCACAGAAGAAAAAUCGCCUGUUAGUUAGUGUGUGAGAAACAUGUUAAUAUUGCCUGGUGUGUCGGCUGCUGCUUAGUUAGCAAUCAUGCGUGGCGCCCGAUGAGAUUGAGACUGACAGGGAGGCUUGCAGAAGAAAGGUCUGGAUCCGAAUUUUGGCUAGCGCAACCAGGUGAAACAAGAAAAAGCAUGAAGAAUAAAGACUCGGCGAC